AUGACCGCUACGCCAAUAGACAUUUCCUACCAGCAGAAUUUCCAUUCGCAACGAUUCCGUCGAGAAUCCAUGGCCCACUCGCAGGGCAUGGGUGGAAUUUCCUGGGGAGGAAUGUCUGUUGGCAGCUGGCUUAGAGACGAAGAGGAGUCUCCAGAGGUGCCGUCGACAUCUCCAAGCAAUACUAACCACAGAGUCAUGACGCUAAACAUGCCAUCCACGACAACCAUGGCCAUGUCUCCAGGCAUGGGCAUCAACUCGUCGUCAUACCUGCCCAACCUCGAGGCGCAGUACUGCAAGGACUACAGCUGCUGUGGCCAGACGUUGCCGACGCUGCACGACCUGCUGCGGCACUACGAGGAGUCGCACAUUGCCCCAUCGCCGCCCGUGGAGCAGCCUCACAUGGCCCGCAACACCAACAACGUUAUGGAGGUGGUGUCGACCAACGACGUGUUCAUGAGCAUGGGCGGUCCCGGAGGACCCCCCGGACAGCAGGGCGCCCAGGGCAUGCAGCAUCACCCCAUGGCCCAAGGCCACCAUCCCACGCAUUUUCAGCAGCACCCACUGCCACCACAGGGCCACGCACCCCAGGGUACGCAGAUGCCUCACGGGCAGCACAACCCGCAGAUGAUGCAGAUGGGCCAACCACCGCAGCCCACGGGCACGUUUGACGAGGACGACGAAAUGUGCAUCGACGACCCGGCCCGCCAUCUGUACGUGAUGGAGCGGGGCGAGCACAAGCCGUUCAAGUGCCCGGUCAUUGGGUGCGACAAGACGUACAAAAACCAGAAUGGACUCAAGUACCAUCGGAUGCACGGCCAUCAAAACCAGAUGCUGCAUCUCAACGACGACGGCACCUACAGUAUAAUCGACCCACUGUCCAACGCGCCGUAUCCCAACGGCGUGGACAUGGAAAAGGACAAGCCGUACCGGUGUGAGAUUUGUGGCAAACGAUACAAGAAUCUUAACGGUCUAAAGUAUCAUCGUGGGCAUUCCACUCACUAA